CCCACAAACCAAGCACAAUGGAUAGGUAACGGUUAACUUUGAUGGAAAACUAAAGUAGCCAAACUAAAGCAAGUUAAACAAACUACAUCCUUUUCACGUGACAAUUUACAUGGAAGCCUUAAGAAUGUAUUGGAGACGAAAAGGGAACCAAAUAUUUAGGAGUUGCGCGUCACAAUCCACGGGAUUCCACAGAAGGCUGAUCACCGCAGAACUUGCAAAGUGUGUAUUUAUGCAAAUUCAAAAAAAUCAUAGGCGUGCUUUUAGGCGAUGGAGUCAUAGCCCGAACUCAGAACUCCUGGUAUACCAACGAGCUGCAAAGACGGUGAUGCGCACAGCUCGGACGUAAUGAGGAACAACCGAUGAGGAAACGUUUUCACGCUCUAUAAAGAAAGGACACAGAAAGGAAAAGGCAGAAGUGACGACUAUCUUUGAGAGAAUAUCUUAUUUACUGUCCUCCCUCAUCUCACGACAAAAGACGUGCGAGUCAACCAGAGUUAGCAGUUGUAAUUUAUUUACGUGCGCACUGAGUAGCCUAGCCUAUUUGCCUUGAUUUUGAUUUAUGUUACAAUAUAGAGGAGGUACUGCACUCUGACUGAAGAUACCGACGUGGAUGAAGUUGACAUUGCACCCUCUAUAGCCUACUGUCACUGCGCGUAAAAUCCAUAUUUGGAUACGGUCCUGUCUCUAAAGAAACUUUGUAGUCAAUUGCCGUUACAUUUUCUCCACAAUGUCGGAAGAAGAUAAUAGUUGCACUGGUGCUGGUCCUAUAACUGAGGUUGAAAACAGCAAUAUCAGCGUUCUCGGCUGGGAACAAGUGCAGCGCCUUGAUGCCAUCCUGACGGAAACCAUCCCCAUCCACGGCCGGGGAAACUUCCCCACUUUGGAGAUGAAACCCCGACAAAUAGUGAAAGUGGUGCGUAGUCGCAUGGAGGAGAGGAAUAUCCACGUCCGGGACGUGCGGUUAAACGGGUCUGCUGCAAGCCACGUUCUUCAUGAGGAUAGCGGACUGGGCUACAAGGACCUUGACCUAAUCUUUUGCGCGGAUAUGAAAGGUGAAAGUGAUUUUCAGAUUGUAAAGGAUAUCGUUUUGGACUGUCUCCUGGAUUUCUUACCUGACGGGGUGAAUAAGCAGAAAAUAUCGCCAUUGACUUUAAAGGAAGCCUAUGUGCAGAAGAUGGUGAAGGUGUGCAAUGAUUCAGACCGCUGGAGCCUCAUCUCCCUCUCCAAUAACAGAGGCAAGAACGUGGAGCUCAAGUUUGUAGACUCUCUGAGGCGGCAGUUUGAGUUCAGCGUGGACUCCUUCCAGAUCAAGCUGGACUCCCUGCUGCUGUUCUAUGAAUGCUCCGAGAACCCCAUGGCCGAGUCCUUCCACCCCACCAUCAUGGGCGAGAGUGUGUUUGGGGACUUUGGUGCUGCCCUCGACCACCUAUGCCAGAAGGUGAUCUGCACGCGCAACCCGGAGGAGAUCCGGGGCGGCGGCCUGCUCAAGUACUGUCACCUGCUGGUAAGGGGCUUCCACGCCGACUCCGAGACGGAGAUGAAGUCCCUGCAGCGUUACAUGUGCUCGCGCUUCUUCAUCGACUUCUCGGAUAUCGGCGAGCAGCAGCGCAAGCUGGAGUCGUACCUGCAAAACCACUUUGUGGGCCUGGAGGACCGCAAGUACGACUACUUGAUGACCCUGCACGGGGUGGUCAACGAGAGUACGGUGUGCCUGAUGGGACACGAGAGGCGGCAGACCCUGGGGCUGAUCGCCAUGCUGGCGGUGCGCGUGCUGGCCGAGCAGAACGUCAUCCCAAACGUGGCUAACGUUACCUGCUACUACCAGCCAGCCGCCUACGUGGCAGACGGUAACUUCAGUAACUACUACAUAGCCCAGGUACAGCCCAUGUUCCACUGCCAGCAGCAUGCCUACUCCACCUGGCUACCCUGCAACUGAGACAGCACAGGGAAAGGAAGGCGUGAGAGAGAGAGGGGGAGGGAGAGUGAUUCAUUCAUACGGGCUGAAUCACUGGGCUGACUCACUGUCAAGUGUUUUUCAGAUGAAUGAAUGAAGGAGAAAAAAGGUAUCCCCACGACCCACCGUCCUGUAUUGAAUUAAAUCCCCAAUGUUUUGUUAUGCUCUGUUAGAGCGUGAUGGGGGGAGGGGGGGGGGGAGAAAAUGACAGUUGGGUCUCAGCUCCUGUGAGGUCGGUCUUAAACCAAUGGCAGGACAGUUUACUGUGAAAACCUCACCAAUGUUCUCCUGCGAUGCCACCCUGUCUGACACCUAACCCAAGCUUGGGAAGUAUGGGAUGGGUGUUUGCCCAAUACAAUGCAAACAACGGCGGACAAGAAUGGAAGCAGCAAUACUUUCAUUGACACUGACCUGGAUUGACUGACUCUGUUGCGAACUGAAAAGGCUGUUGAAUUGAGCGACAGACAGACCAUAAUGUGUGGCUGCAUCAGUGUCCUGUGGCGUCCAGCUGUGAGGAGGACGCAGGCCCCUUUACUCUCUGAGGGGGGUGUGGCUUGCACCCUGACGCGCACUGGGCAACGUCCCAGCAACACAGGGGUUGCUGGAGCACCAUAAAACUCUCGCUUUAUUUCUUGUGUGGUGAGAUGUCACCACAAGCUUUGAAUGACAAAAAACGACACCUUAACUAGUAAUGAUUGAUAUGAACAUGAUGAUGUGUUUACAAACCAAAGAUUUUUGAUGUAUUGUUUUUAAUACCCAUGUUUGGUGGGGAAGAAAACAAAUGUAUAAUGCUAUCUAUGUGUAUGUGAACAUGUGUUUUAAGUGCCUAACGCCUAUCAGUAGGAUAGGAAUAAUGAGAAGCAGGCCAUAUCGUUUUGUGAAUAAAUCCAGUCUGAUUUUCGUCAUGCACACAAGACAUUAGCACCCCAGAGGCUUGUGAAUGUAACCGUGAAAUCCUGAUUCAAAUCCUGAUACACUCAGUGUUGAUGUCAUAUUUUUUAGAAGAAAGCAACAUAUCCCCUUGCAGUCAUAGAGUAUAAGUUAAUGGGGGAGAGAUUGGGUUUAGCUGUACUUUAUACAAAGUAGUUUGACAGGUUGAUACAAGACCUUGCGUUAACAUUUGCUGAUAUUUUAAACAUUCCAUCUCCACAUAAUGAUAACAGUACCUCCUCAUAGGUGCAUUGAAGCCACAGAGAAAGCAUUGUUUGCUGUUGCUCUCCCAUAGUCAUUUUCAGACAAACAAACUCCACAGGAAUAUUAGUUUGUGCCGUAGUGCAUGUACUGAGAUGGUUUAAUAUUGUUUUGUCGUUGUUCAUGUUGACAGGGUUGGUGAGCGUUUCAGAUAUCAGCAAUAAAGAAAGGCAACAUCCUGGAGUUUCAGUUUCAUAUGGAUGACUGUAUAUUCAGCUUCACAUGAUUUAAACUUGACUGUAUUUUGUAUAGUGGUGCUUCUCUUUUAACCUUUUGUAGCAAGUUCACAGCAGGCUGAGGGAAUGAAAAACCUGUCAGAAGAAAUAGAUAGAAAAAAGAAAUACAGAAGAAAAGAGAGACGGAACGGAUCGAAAGGCAAACAGAGAGUUGGUGUGUGUUCAUGUGCUGCCUUGUAGGAUGAUAUUUGAUGAGACACCUGUGAUGAUGGGACAUUAUUUGCUGUAACACCCUAGCAGGGAAUUCCGCAGCUGCCGAAGAGGUUGAACUUAGCUGGGCUGUGUCUGUAAUGUAUGCACUCGCUUUGGGUCGGCUCGAACCUACCAGCAAAUGUCGUGCCAAAUGUUUUAUCUGCCGCUUGCCCAAUGUUGAAUGAGUGUUCGGCCAUUUGUCGAUGGAGAGAGAGGUUGAGGAUGUGUUGUUUUUAUAUUCAAGUACAGAUAUUGAGCUGUAGGGAAAACCCCACCCCCCCCCCAAAAAAACUUGUAGAGCAGCGCAAGUGAGGGACAGAGGAAAACAUCAGAGGCAGGGAGCUGGGCUGGGGAGAUAGGUGCAGUUGGUGAAGGGGUUUGUCUUGCUUUCACCACAGACAGACGCACAGUGGUAAUACCUCUCUCUCCCAUCUUAAGAUGGCCUGAGCAGCGAGAAUAGGCAGGAGACAAAGGGGUCCUGGUACACACAACACAACUUUAGGGAGGUAUCCUAUUAAGCCUAGCACUAUAUAUUACCAUUACCUGUAUGUCAGGCCCUCUUCUCUGGGGGACUAAACAGAUAUCCAUGCAUGCAUUAUGAGCUCUGAUAGCAUUUCCUGGGUUGGUGCACUGCCAUGGUAUUACUGUAAAUGACCUGUUAUUUGAGGCUAGGUUAGGCAGUGGUUACACGAUCUAACUGCUAUGCUGUAAGGUCCAAGUCCAUGGGGAAAUACUGUCUCAUGCUAAUUCAGUUUCUCUAAUGCCGUUUCUCAACAUAACAUCUGAAAUAUGUUGCUCAGCUAAUAGAAAUUGAUUGUUGACAUAAAGAUGAAUAUGAAUGAUAAUUCAUCACCAGUAUUGUGGGUCUUGGGGUGAGAGACAGUGUUAUUAAAAACAGCAACAUUGGUGUGCGCUAUACAAAUCUAAAGUCUGUUUCUUUAGAGAAGAAUAAACAGUGUUUUCACAAUGGGUGGGAUUCCUGGCUCCCCACUUCUGUACAAAUGUGUCAUGUCACAACUCUUUAGGACAUCUUGAGGAAACAAAUCUUUGUCUCCACUGAUGAGAUCCUACUCUUGUCCUCUCUGCUCUCCCCUCACUCCCAUAAUGUGCAAGCUGUAAUGCAGCUCCCUUAAGGAGAGAGUGAAUGGACAUCCAAUGGGGUUCUACAGGGCGGAGGCACUCCAAAGGGGAUGUGAAUCAGCUUAGGUGACCACUUGUGUGACUGUAACCUGGGUGGUCAAGAGAACCGAGAGAAAUGUCCUCUCUACUCAAAUCAUUCUGUACACUCCUUUUUCUCUAUUUUGCUAUUUCACACGUUCUGGCCUAACAUUUUGCUUUUUGACUGGACAUUUUGAUGAUAUUGUCUGGAUCGUACAGGCGGUGUGUAUCCUCACCUCUUCUCACUCUGUGAAGUCGGCUCAGAACAGCUCAGCCAGUACCAGUCUACCAUGUAGUUAGCAAGCAACAUACAGGUUACUAUGGGUUACUGCAUUGUCUUGUAUGCAUUGUUUCAACAGUUUCACCUAUUCAUGCAGACUUUUUCAAUCAAACCAACAAAAAAAGAAAAAGAGCCUGUCUCAUAUGUCUUUUUUAUGAUUGUUAUUUUUAUAAAUGUAUCAGACACUGCCAUGUUGCAGCGCUUUGGAAUCUGUGAUCAGGUUGCAAAAUAUCAAUUCUCAGCUUACAUUUUUUUGCAGAUCUUGUAAAUGUGUCUGUUUAGAAAAAGGAUGUUUUCAUCAUUAAAAAAACCUGAAAACCAAA